UAUGUUUUAUUUUUUAUUAUUUUUAUGUAAAAAUUCAGGAAUUUAUCCUCCUUGAGUUCUUCGAAACUCGCUAAUUCGAAAAAGAGCAAACCUUGAUUUCUUCCAACUCUUUCUUUUUUCCUGUGGAAUCAUCGAUAUGGGCGGAGGAGUAAUGAGGGCAGCGGCGAAGGUCGCGGGAGUUGUUAACACCAGCCUUCGUGGCGGUGUGCAGGUGACUCCACCAUCUGCGGAGCAUUCCGUCAUUCGUGUCGCCGCCUCUCAUUCGGCUUCUUCUUCACCCGCUCUUUCUAGCGUUGGGGUUUCCUCCGUUUCUGACAUGACCACGUCGGCCAAUCUCAAGGCGUCUUGGGAGAUGGUGGAUGACUGGGAGUUUGCUGGUGGUGUUGAAGAUGAGGGGUCUAUGGUUGGGUCCACCCGCGUCUCCGACCGUGGAGAGCCGAUGGCUCGGGUGUUGUUCGGCGGCGUUCCAAGCCUCGAUGAGAUUAAAGAAGCCACUGCUGACUUGAAGGAUGCAUUGGAUCAGCUUUAUCUGUCAUCUCCAAAUUCGGCCGCUGCUGCUCAGGUGUCUGGCAUGUCAUCGCUUUCAAACUCUGAGGAGACCAAAGAUUGUGUUGCUUGUGAUGUCAAAGCCAUUUCAGUGCCAAAACCUGCUAUUCAGGCAUUCAAAUUACUCAAUGAAAAUCCUGUAGUUCAGUCUGUUGUUGCUUCAAUUGCUGCUGAUCCGAACGUAUGGAAUGCUGUCCUCAACAAUUCGGCUUACAUGGAGUUCAUCCAGUCCCAAAAGACCAAUGAUGAAUUUGAAGAUUAUGGAUCCCCUCGAAGUUCUGAAUCUUCAGCAAACACCGAAGAGUAUUUCGAUUCAAGUCAACCUAAAGACCAUGGAAAUCCUUUUUCAGAUUUUCUACAGAACAUCAAGAACACUGUGGUUGAGACGGUGAAUAGGGCGACUGAUUUCCUCCAAAGCCUCUUUAAUCCACCCCCUGCUGAAAACUCGAAAGAAAAUGCUGGAUCAAACAAUUUUGACAAGACAAUCGCAGCUAGCAUGAUGGGAUUGGCAGUGAUGGUUAUCAUGGUUGUGCUUCUGAAACGACCUUAGAGUAAAAUUAUGUGAAUUUGCCGAUCUUACAAACUCUAUUACAAACUCUAUCUUAUAAAUCAAUAUAAUAUAA